ACCCUUGGGGCAGUGCGGAAUGCAUAGCAUACUAUUUUAAACGACUGUGCUACCAACCCAGCAUAACGGAAUGACGAUACGAGCUUACCGAUUGUAAUCUGGCUGCCAUCAUACCAGGCGCUUGAUUUGCUGUCCACCUUAGCUCCUUAGGUCUUGACUAGCGUCAGCAUGGUGGCGGAUGACCACGUGGCUGCAGGGGCGGUCGUGGCGGCUUCGCGGCAAAACACGAGUCUGCAGCACAGCAGGGGCGGGUCCCCGUUCGUGGGGCACCACCUUGCAGGUAUGCCCCCCGCGCCUGGAUCGGAGGACAGGAUGAGUCCCUUCAUGGCCAUCAUACUGCUCUACGGCGUCAUGCUGCUAAUGGUCGGCGCCCAGACUGCCCUCUUCUUGUGGAAGAAGCGGCAUCGCAAGUCGUACGAGCUGGUGACGCUGCUGGGCCUGUGGCUCAUGCCGGCCAUCUUCUCCGUGCACCUGCGCUUCUGGCGCUUCCUGUUGAUCUGGGCCAUCUUCUCAUCCAUCACCGCACGUCUGCUGCUGGCAUGUAGCCGCAAGAAGAUGUCGCGAACUACGCCACGCCAGGUGUACACGUUCUUCCUGGGUAUCUACAAGGCCAGCAAAAUUGUGGGCGUCACGGGCUACUGCAUGGUGCUGGCAGAGCUGUUUGGCAUGGGGCCGCUGCUGCACCUGCUAUUGCCAAAGGAUCUGCCCAUAGACCUGGUCUGGUACGGGCUCUACUUCGGCAUCCUGGGGCGAGACUGCGCGCAGGUGGCAACGGACACGCUGUCGGCGCGCCUGGGCAUGGAGGGGCGGCAACUGGUCACGCGGGUGAACAACUGCGGUAUCUGCGGCAAUGAGCUGUGUGACGAGGUGGUGCCCGCGCGCGGCACCGGGGAACAGCCUGUGGAGCAGCUACCGGGCGAGCGCACCGUGCAGCUGUCCUGCAAGCACUGCUUCCACGACCUAUGCGUGCGUGGCUGGACCAUGGUCGGCAAGAAGGACACGUGUCCCCAAUGCGGCGAGAAAGUAGACCUGCGGUCGCUGCUGGCGGACCGUCCGUGGGAGACGCACAACAUCACGUGGAUCCAGAUGAUGGAUGGCAUUCGCUACCUGGUUGUGUGGAACCCCAUCAUCUUCACGGUGCUGUCGUUCCUGCUGCACGUGUUCGGGCCGCACCGGCACGGAGCGCCGCACGGACCGCCCGGCAUGGCGCUGGGUGCGGGCCCGCCGGGGGUGCGGCAGCUGGCGGCAAUGGGCGGCAACAUCACCGCGAACGCCACGAUAGCGCACGGCCUGAGCCCUCCGCUGGCAUCGCCACACUAGGACAGCCAUAGUGAGCUAUAGUAGGCGGGGCAAGCUGGGCCAGGGUUGGCCAUGCAUGCAGCAUGCGCAAGCAAGCAGUGCGCAGCUAUCAGGGCACGGCGUGCUCACCAGGACACAGGGUCGAUAUGAUGUGAGUGGUGUGCGUAUAGUACAGGAUUUUUGCAGUGCAGGGUUGCGCAACAGCUGCAGGGGGAGCAGCUAAGAUAGGCGCGAUAUUACGCCGGUAUGAGGCGGCAUGGGAGCAUGACCCGGUAGGCGUGUGUACGGCUGGUGUGCAAAGAGAAGCCAGCACUCGGCGUGAGCAACGUUUACACCUUGCAUAUGACAGUCAGCAUUCAUGCCGUCAAUUGUCCAUGGACGUGCGAAG